AUGGCACCACACGCAAACGGAAGUGUUGAUACCAAUGCCAGCACUCUCAAACCGACUGCCUCAACUUUCCAACCAGUUGCGGCCCUCGCAGAAUCUCAGUACCAUGCUACGUCGAGUGCAGGUGCAAUUGAGGCAGAGCACAAAUAUGCAGCACACAAUUACCAUCCUCUCCCAAUAGUCUUUGCUCGCGCUGAAGGCUGCAACGUUUGGGAUCCCGAGGGAAAGCAGUACAUCGACUUCCUGUCAGCAUACAGUGCGGUCAACCAAGGCCACUGCCAUCCUGAACUGGUAAAGGCUCUGUGCGAACAAGCAGGACGUCUGACUUUGUCUUCGAGGGCAUUCCACAACGAUGUAUUCCCAAAAUGGGCAGAGAAGGUCAAGGAUGUCUUUGGUUACGACAUGGUUCUCCCAAUGAACACUGGCGCGGAAGCAGUUGAGACGGCUAUCAAAAUUGCAAGGAAAUGGGCAUACAAAGUCAAGGGCGUCCCACAAGGCAAGGCUCUGAUCUUUGGCGUCGCUGAGAAUUUCCACGGACGGACGAUGACUGCCGUUACUCUUUCUACCGACCCUGAGUCCCGCGACAACUACGGCCCAUACGUUCCAGGAAUUGGAGCAAUCUGCCCAUCUACGAAGAAGCCUAUUCGAUUCAACAACGUCGCAGACCUCGAAGAAGCGCUUGAGGCACAUGGAAAGGAGACCGCCGCUUUCAUUGUUGAGCCAAUCCAAGGCGAGGCUGGUGUUGUUGUGCCAGCAGACGACUACCUGACGAAGGUCCAGGAACUUUGCAAGAAGCACAAUGUUUUGUUGAUCUGCGAUGAGAUCCAGACAGGUAUCGGUCGUACAGGGCGCAUGUUGUGCUCCCAGUGGGCUAAUAUCAAACCCGACAUGGUUACUCUCGGAAAGGCUAUUUCUGGGGGAAUGUACCCCGUGUCAUGUGUUCUUGGCUCUAAGGAAGUCAUGCUUGUCGUCGAGCCUGGAACCCAUGGAUCAACAUAUGGAGGUAAUCCUUUGGGAUGUGCUGUUUCUAUCCGUGCUCUCGAGAUUAUGGAAGAGGAGGAUCUCACUGCCCGUGCCGAAGCUCUGGGCAAGAUCCUUCGUCAAGGGCUCGAGGAUCUGAAGUCUCCCAUGAUCUCAACCGUCCGAGGAAAGGGUUUACUGAAUGCCAUUGUCAUCGACGAGUCGAAGACUGGUGGUCACUCUGCAUGGGAUUUGUGCAUGCUGAUGAAGAGCAAGGGUCUUUUGGCCAAACCUACCCACCAGAACAUCAUCCGAUUCGCACCACCUUUGGUCAUCAGCGAAGAGCAGAUGAAGCAAUCUCUGAAGAUCAUUGGCGAUGCCAUCAAGGAAUUGCCAAACCUCAAGGGACAGAAGGAAGACGAGAUUAUCCCACCUUCUGAGAAGGGCGUCCACAUUGGACUGGAUAUUUAAGUGAAGAUACCCAAGUGUUUCUGGUUGGUGCAUGACACCUGUUGAGUAAGGGGGGAUUGUCGUUUUCAUGAAAGCAAAAGGUAUAUGGCAGGCAGAAUGGAAAAUGCAUUAUUAGCCUGGCGGGUCGGCUCUCUUCCUAAGUAGUAAAUUGUAGCAACAGGUAGAGGUAGAUAGAGCGUAAGCUCCCUCUUAGACACCAAAUCUAUCAACACAACCU